AUGACACGUCCAAAAGGGUCCAAAAACCGUCCCAAAACCCCUUCCUCUACCCCUGUAACUCAAAGAGAUUCAACACCUCUUGUAUCAAUCACAGAUGCUGUCGAGCCCUCUCAGACACCCUCUAUGCCGCCUAGUACCCAGCCAAUAUCUACUCAGAGCGCUAAGAAGUCUAGACUACCCGAUUUUGACAGAGAUGGACCACCAUCUUCUCAGGAAUUGAUCCUAAGGUACUUCGAAGAGGAUCCUAAUAACAUCAAGCAUUUCUAUCAUGGUACCCUUGGUAAAUCAACAGUCGUCAUGGCAGGGGUUAUUAGCAGGUAUAUAGCAGACAAUGGAGGGGCUUAUGAGCGAACCGCUGAUAGUAUACAUCUCAAGGUCAACACUUGGAAGCGACAAUGGAAUGAUGCCAAGGACUUCUUGAAUCAAACAGGGGCUGGGGGAGGAGCCAGAAGACUAGCAGAUGCAGAGGAGAUUGGAGAAGAUGAGUAUAAUAAGGCUCUGCGAGAGGUCGAAGGUGAUGUAUUGGUUAAAUGUCCUCUUUGGGAUCGUUUAGAUCCUAUCUUUCAUGAGUCUCAAGGUGGUGAUCCUUCCUUAUAUGGGGAUUCAGCUCAAGACACCAAUCCUACACUCAACGCACUCGAGAACGUCUUGGAAUCAGCAAAUAACACCCAAAAUCACCGAUUGAACACACCUACAGCCUCUGUUCCUGCUACUUCUACCCCUCAGGGAGGAUCUACAAGGGUUAGAAGUGGUAGUAGAGCUGUACUUAAAGCUACAAGUUGGAAUAACUUUGGAGAUGAUUCUCAAAGUGAUAUCUCCUCUAUUAGCAGCGGCAGGAGACAACAAGGGGCCAUCGAGAGGAUGUUGGAGGAUGAAGAGGAAUUUAGGGAAUUGAAGAAAACAAGGCUCGAGAAGGAUGAUCAGUACCAAAAAGAGCUGAAUGAAGCUACUAAAGCAGAGAAGAUAUUCAAUAUGGCAGAUACCACCAAGAGGAACAAUCCAGAGCUGUCUUGGGACGAGUGUAUAGAGCGUGCAGAGAGUUAUAUGGACAGAAGGGUAGGAAGGAAUCGAAGGGAAGGGUAA